AUGGACAGCCUCAGAGUCUGGGCAAGACAUGUCUGUGAGCCUGAGCAGUUACGAGCAGCUGCCCAUCAAGUUCGGCAGCAAACCCAGCAAAAUCCAAGGGCUGCUCUAUAUGGCCUCCUACUCACCAUAGCUGCGAUAUGGGCCUGUAUCACGGCGAUACAACGUCUAAAAGCCCGCCGAUUGCCGCCGCGACCACGGUCUCCAGACCCCGAGAAGCCCCCGGGCACACCAAAGCCCGCCAGCAAGUUCAAGGCAGCUAUGCGCGAGCCGGGAGUAUGGACCCCCGACCCCUUCACCCGCCCACCCGCCCCACCCUACCCCAACUGGUCUCUCGAAUGUACCAAACCUCUCCCCUACCGCCCCUUCCGCUACGGGCCUAGAUACAACGUAACGAUGGGCCUGCGCAGCAUGGACUGGGACGAAUGGAUCGAGCUCGAUAAUCACUACCCGAAAUACCACUCCCUCAAAGCCCAGCGCAUUGCAGAGCGCGGCGCGAAAUGCUGCAAGACGGCGCCCGAGGCCUACGAUGGCGCUGUCGAGCUGCUCGAGGAGUUGUGCGCGUAUCUGCCGGAGCGGUAUCCGAGUUUGUACCGUAAGACUGCGACGGGGAUCGAGAAUCUCUGGAGCGGGGAGGUCGUGGAUAUCACGGAGCGGCCGCUGAAGGAGGAUCCGAUGGCCAUGUCCGCGCGGCUGGUGCAGGAUGAUCUGGCGCUGAUGUUUGAGAGGCCGGAUGGGCAGUACUACCUCCUCGCGGGCGCGAUUCUUCUACCGGGCUUCUGGCGCCUCGAGGAUAAGUUCGGUAUGCCGCUCUCGGAGAUACACACCUCGGGCGACGUGCCGCAGUUCAGGGAGAAGCUGGAGAAGGGCAUGAUGAACUUUUUUAAGAGACUUAGGCCGGAGACGCCGAUGUUGAGAAAUAACUACUUCAUCCAGGUUGAUGAUGGGCUGGAUUGGAGUUACAGUAUCGGGCCCGAGGACGAGGCGGUGGGAUGGAAUAGCGCGGAGAAGAAUAGGGCUGUGCAGCACCAUUUCUUUAGAAGUGAGAGGCAGAGUCUGAGGAGGCUGCCGCGAUCUGGUGCUGUGGCGUUCACGAUACGGACGUACUUCCAUCCUGUUACGGAGGUCGCUGAGGAACCGUACGUGCCUGGAAGGCUAGCAUCGGCGAUCCGUAGCUGGGGCGAUGACGUUUCGAUCUACAAAGGCAAGGACAAAUACCAUGAAGUCCUUCUGGAGUACUUAGACAAGAAGCAUGAGGAGCAGGUGGCGAACGGGCUGGACGUGCAAAAGGAAGACGAAGCGUAUCCAUACUAG